GCCGAGCCGCCCCGGCAACUCCCUCGCACCGCACGCGGCCCCGCCCGUCCCGACGACUCCCCUGUUCCCUCCCUCGCGCCUCCGCCUCCGGGCGACGCCACCGUCCGGCCACCACAAGCUCCACCGGAAAAACUCCUUUGUUUUUCCAACCCCUUUUCGGUUUUCCACGCGUCCUCCCUUUUCGCGCCCCGCCCGGCCUCCUCCCCUUCGAGCCAGUUUAAAAGCCACCCGCCCACGCACCAGACCUCACAAGUCACGCUCACCCGGCUGCCACCCUCCCCGUCGCCACACAGAGCACGGCACACACGCACCCCUCAGCUCACGCUGUCGCACCUCUCAGCUCGCCACAACAUGCAGAUCCUCCGGCUCCUGGCGGCGCGGCGCAGUGCCGCGUCGGCCGUGGCUACGUCCGAGCCCCGGGACGGCGAGGGGGAGGACGAGGGGCCAUUCUUCGACCUCGACUUCGCCUCCUGCUCCCUCCGCGACUCCUCCUUCAGCUCCAGCUCGGGCGCGCUCUCGGGCUCCGACUCAGACUCCGACGAGGAGCUCGACUUCGUCAUCUCGCUCCAGCGGAGCCGCUCCGCCUCCUCGCCGCUCAAGUUCUGCGCCUCGGAGCCGCCGUCCAAGGCGAAGAACGCCGGCCGCAAGCGCGGCAUCGGCAGCCUGCGCACGCUCAGCUUCGGCGCCAGGAAGGCCGCGCCGCUCUACGGCGUCGGCCGCCGCAGCUUCGCCCGGAGCAGCUCCGCCAGCGCGCGGUCGCUGCGGCUCUUCAUGGCAACGCCCCACCCCGAGGAGGACGAGCACGAGCGCGCGUCGGAGCCCAGCAGCAGGCGCGCGCCGUCCCGGGACGUGAUCAGGAGGUACCUGGCCAAGAUCUCGCGGCGGCUCCGCACGGCCGCGAGUCCCCGUGCCGAGGCCAGAGGACUCCGUCGCCUGCGCAAGUGCCGGUCCGCGUCCUCGGCUGUGGCCAGCUCCGCGCCGCGCCGCGACGACGACUCGGCUGUCGAGAAGCAGGACGGCAUCGCCGGCGCCAUCGCGCACUGCAAGGAGUCCAUCCACCGGGCUUCCAUGUCCGACUGCGACUCGCCGCUGCUACGGUCUCGGAGCGACCCGGGGAAAUGCGAGGCCGCAUAGCUCGUCCAAGCUAUAGCUCAUGGCCACCGUCCCCAUCGCCGAGCGUGGAAGCUUCUCUCCGAACUUCAUUCGGUGAAGAAGAAACAGAGCAUAAAAGUGGCAAGAAGGAAAUCUUUGUGUGUUGUUUAUGUGUGUUGUGUGUGCUUCACGUCCUAGAGUUUUUAGUUGAAGGAUUUUGGUUAGGUGUAAGCGUGGGAAAAGAGCUCUUUUUAGGCUCCUUUAACCCCCAAUCACAGCCCAUCUCAUGGUCUCAUUCAUGCAUGUAGAUGAACGUGGAUUGUAGCUGUUGCGUCCC